CUGAUUAAUACAAUAAAAAAUCCUUCAGUUGACUAUCGAAUACUCUUUGUUAUAGUACUACUCUUCAAGAUCAAGUCAGUCUUUUAAACUAUAGCCUGGCCUGAAGCUUCCAUUUUCAUCACAAACUCAUUCUGAGAAUCAGACAUCAAGAAAAAUGGCACCCAGUUCUGUUGUGGUGAAGAUAGACAAGCCCAGUAACUUUUCUUUAGUGGAGAUCAAUGAUACAAAAGAUAAGCAAAAAGCUGCAAGUACUAAGCAGUUAUCAUGGGUUCUUCUUCUCAAAGCUCAAAGAUUGUUUUCAUGGCUGUCAAUGGCUGCUCCUGCAAUGUUUGAUUCAGUUAAAAAGAGGGUGACUUUAUCUGAUGUUGGGGAAGAAGAGCCUAAAUACAGGGGGAGAUUGUAUAGCUUUAUAAGGGUUUUUCUUGCAAUUUCAGUGGUGGCUUUGGUUAUAGAAAUGGUGGCUUAUUUUGAGGAAUGGGAUUUGAAGAUGACUCAUCAUUGGGAAGUAGAGGGGUUUGUGCAGUGGUGUUAUAAGGCCUGGCUUGCUUUUAGAGUUGAUUAUGUAGCACCUGCAAUUAUGAGCCUCUCUAAAUUCUGCAUUGUGCUGUUCUUGAUUCAAUCAGUGGAUAGGUUUGCUCUUGGGAUUUGGUGUUUUUGGAUCAAGUGGAACAAGCUGAAGCCAGAGAUUAAGGGGGAGGCUUAUGAUGUUGAGGAUUCUUUAAGUUUUCCAAUGGUUCUUGUUCAGAUUCCCAUGUGCAAUGAGAAAGAGGUUUUCGCAACAUCCAUAUCUGCUGCCUGUCAGCUGGAUUGGCCAAAAGAACGAUUAUUGAUUCAGGUUCUUGAUGAUUCUGACGAUGAGCUUGUACAACUAUUAAUACAAGACGAGGUUUCUUCAUGGAGAGAAAAAGGGGUCAAUAUAGUAUACAGACACCGGUUCGUCAGAACUGGUUAUAAGGCUGGCAAUUUGAAGGCUGCCAUGUCUUGUGACUAUGUCAAAGACUACGAAUUUGUGGCUAUAUUUGAUGCAGAUUUCCAGCCCUACCCUGAUUAUCUAAAGCUUACUGUACCUCACUUCAAUGGAAACUCAGACUUAGCCCUUGUUCAGGCUCGCUGGUCGUUUGUGAACAAAGAAGAGAAUUUGCUCACCAGGCUGCAAAACAUUAAUUUAUGCUUUCAUUUUGAGGUUGAACAACAAGUGAAUGGUUUUUUCCUAAAUUUCUUUGGAUUCAAUGGCACUGCUGGUGUGUGGAGGAUUAGGGCCUUGGAACAGUCAGGAGGCUGGCUUGAGAGGACAACCGUAGAGGAUAUGGAUAUUGCAGUUCGAGCACAUUUAAAUGGGUGGAAAUUUAUCUAUCUUAACGAUGUCGAAGUACCAUGUGAACUACCAGAGUCUUAUGAAGCAUAUAAGAAGCAACAGUACCGCUGGCACUCUGGUCCAAUGCAACUCUUUCGGCUAUGUUUUCCUGCAAUCCUAAGUUCCAAGAUAUCAAAGUGGAAGAAGGCUAACUUGAUUUUUCUAUUUUUUCUCCUAAGGAAGCUGAUACUUCCUUUUUACUCAUUCACUCUAUUUUGUAUCAUCCUACCAUUAACCAUGUUCGUACCCGAGGCAGAGUUACCUAUUUGGGUCAUUUGUUACAUUCCUAUCUCCAUGUCCAUUUUAAACAUUCUACCUGCACCAAAGUCUUUCCCAUUCUUGAUCCCUUACCUACUUUUUGAGAAUACAAUGUCCGUGACAAAGUUCAAUGCUAUGAUAUCGGGGCUAUUUCAGCUUGGAAGCUCUUAUGAAUGGAUAGUCACGAAGAAAACAGGAAGAUCAUCCGAAUCAGACUUACUUUCUCUCGCUGAGCGCGAAACAAAGACUUUAAACAAUGAAAAAAUUCAGAGGGGAUUAUCUGAAUCUGGUCUUGAAAUGUUGGGUAAACUAAAGGAACAAGAGGAGGCCCCAGUAUCAAAAAAGAAGAACAAGUUGUACAGAAAGGAACUUGCCCUUGCCUUUUUACUACUCACUGCUGCUGCGAGAAGCCUGUUAUCUGCUCAUGGAAUUCAUUUCUACUAUCUCCUUUUCCAAGGUUUGGCUUUUCUUGUCGUUGGAUUGGACUUAGUCGGGGAGCAGGUUAACUAAACUCAAGCUACAUUCAUACUAUAAUGACUUGAGUUUGUGGAUUUUCACAUUCUUGGUUCUAAAAACUUAAAAAAUGAUUGUUCUACAUCAUCGUUUUAAGUUUUGGUUUUUGAACAGAAUUUGAGAUGGUAGUGAUUAGUUGAAAUUAGCAUUGAUGGGCCAGCAGCACAUAAGUAGACUUGAUUUUUUUGGUUUCAUAAUUAAAACAGUAACAGCCUGUUUCAGAUGAUCAUGCACUGAUAUAUAUGAUUCAUAUCUCCCUUUAUACUUUUAA